AUGGUCAUUAAUCGAAUUCGAAACAGCCGAGGUGUUACUUCCCUAAUGCAAUGCACACGUAGUCAAACUCAAAACCGCCGUGCUACUUCCCCAAUCAUUCACCAGCGUCGACACAAUGCCAGGAGAGGCCAACGUGGACAUCACCCCGUUCAACCUAGGGUUAUCAAAAGAAACCGCAGAAUGACCCCCUGCGCAGAAGAAAGUCCACUAUUCUGGCGCAAAGCGUUCACUUUACCAGAUAGUCUUAUCAGGUUUAUCUUCCCCGACUGCAAUCUUUGGGAUUACUUCACCACUCGAAAAGUACUUCGAGCUCUCAUCAAUCACUUCGAUCCUGGUUACUACCUUCCUAGAAGGGUGUCAAAAACUGAUCUUAUUCAGAAAUACGAAGAUCUUGUGAAGACUGAGUAUGGAAUCUUAUAUGGCUAA